AUGCCACCUCCCUCCGCCACCAACGGCAACGCAGCAACACCGCGCAUGCCCGUCAAGCAGAAAAUGGCCGUCUCGCUGAAAUCGCUCAUGAACUCGGUGCUGGGCGCCGUGCCGGCCUCCGUCGCGGGGCAGCUGGCGGCACCGUCGUCGAGUGGGGGCUCGGCGCCGAUGGAGGCGCUCUUCGGAAAGACUUCUGCGGAGGUCGACGGCGAGGAGUGUCUGCACGACUGCGAGAGCUGCUCGGUCAAGUACCCGCGUGGCUUCAAGGUUGAUGAGGAGGAUCUACUGUAUGGACAGGUGAAGGGGUGGAGCACGCAUGUGCUGGUGGGGACGGGGAAGAGUGACUGGGUGAGGGACGUGGCGGAUGAGAAGGGGAGUGUGAUGGAGGCGAUUCAGAAGGUGGGAGGAGUGACGAAUGGCAGACUCAUGCUGUCUGCAUCCAAUAUACCCACGCCUCACGACACCCAUGAGUACUCAGAACCCACGACCGUCAUCCUCCUCCCAGCCUUUGCCACCGUGCAAAACGUCCAUCCAAAGAACGUCUCUCAGCUCAUCACCAGCGUCAUCAACAACGCACCCACGAGCUCGUCUCCUCUCGUCCCCUGGCGCUCCGUCAUCCCCGCCUCAUUGCCCAGCCCAGACGCCUCAUUACCCGAUCUCACCAUCAACUCUUGUCCGCACAGCGCCGUGAUCCUCUUGUGUAGUCAGAAGACGCGAGACGCCCGCUGCGGCCAGAGCGCGCCGCUUUUGCGCAAAGAGCUGGAGAGACAUCUGCGUCCACUUGGCUUGUAUCGCGACUUACACGAUGAGAGACCAGGCGGUGUGGGCAUUUACUUUAUUAGCCAUGUUGGAGGCCACAAGUACUCCGCCAACGUGAUGGUGUAUCGACGGCCGAACCCAUUUGGCAAGGAUGACGAGCCGCUGCCCGAAGGAGUGGUGGAAGCGGCGGCGGCGAAGGAGGAUAAUGGGGAAGAGGGAAAAGAUGAGAGUCAAACAGAGAACGAAGAGGGAGAUAAAGAGAAAGGAGAUGUGGGCGCUGCGCAGUGCAUUUGGUUGGCAAGAAUAAGGCCGGAGGACUGCGAGAACCUGAACAUGCGGCUCCUCAACACGGAAACCUACCAAAUCACUGAAUUCUUCGACUGCAACAUCCCCGAAUAUGCCAUCCUGUCUCACACCUGGGGCCUCGAGGAGCUGACAUAUCAAGACGUCACCCAGUCCAUAGAGCUCGCCCGCCAAAGAAAACCACAAGGAUUCGCCAAAGUCGAGGGCGCAUGUGCGCUCGCUCAAUCAGAAGGCUAUGCUUACAUUUGGAUUGAUGCUUGUUGUAUUGAUAAGACUAGUAGCACAGAACUGUCCGAGGCCAUCAACUCCAUGUACUCGUGGUAUCGCGGGUCGGCCAUCUGCUAUGCGUACCUGAUUGACGCCGAGCACUGCUUCAGCGCAGAGUUUAGGAACAGUCGGUGGUUUACGAGGGGGUGGACGCUGCAGGAGCUCAUUGCCCCGAGGGAUGUUGUCUUUUACUCCAAGGACUGGAAGCUGUUGGGGCGCAAGUCGUUGCUGAAGGGCCUGUUGUCGGACAUUACGGGCAUCGACAUCAGCGUGCUUGCCGGGGCUGAUCCGUCCAUCAUUACGGUGGCGCGCAAAAUGUCCUGGGCGGCGAGUAGGACGACGACGAGGAUCGAGGACACGGCGUAUUGCCUCAUGGGCCUCUUCUCGGUGUCGAUACCGCUGAUUUAUGGCGAGGGCAAGAAUGCCUUCUUCCGGCUGCAGGAGGAGAUCAUCAAGACGGUCGACGACCAGUCCAUCUUCGCGUGGGUGGUGCCGGAGCUGGAAUUUCCGAACCAGCAGCUCUUUGGGCUCUUGGCCGAGUCGCCCAGCGCCUUCAAACACACCGGCAAGCUGGUGUUUCCUUUCGCAACCAGUCGUUCUUCGAGGCGGGCGGCGCAGAUUGUGAAUAGGAGCUUGCAGGUUGAGCUGUUGGUGCAGCCGCAGGACAUGUUCCUGAUGAAGAAUGACAAUCCUGCGUAUCGUCGGCUGCCGCGCGGCCUGCAGGCGAAUUACUAUCUUGCUGCUCUUGGGUGUAGAUUUGGCCCGUCUGGAGACUUUUCUCCGUGCAUUGAUAUUUGUGCGCUGGACGAGGAGAAUUCGCAGUUUGCGAGGGUGAAUCCUUGGAUACUUCGGGAGACGCACUUGGAUUCUACUACCAUGUCGUUGCGGUCUAGACCGCAUUCUGAUUCUUGGAUUUACCAAAUCACCACAUACGUUGAACAACUCUUUCGAGACCCAACAGUCUGGGAGUCACGACUCGUCUCAGUCUCUCAGAUCCCCCGUGAAUCCACAUCCCUCGGUUUCCGCAUCCAGCUUCUCAGUAGCGGCAUCAGCACCCGAGAAGGCUUCCCAGCCGAUCGCUGGUACCGUGACAACCGCGUGCUCCAGGGCUCAUACGAGGUACACGACAAGUAUCCAUGCAGCGUGCUCCGCUACGAGCGGCGCCACGACGAAACCAAAAAUGAGGGCAUCACCCGCUCCAUCGAGGGCGUUGUGCGUGUUGGCCUCUCAGAUGUGAGCCAAGAGCGCAAGGCCCUCAUCGGCACAAAAGAUUUUGUGAGGCAGCAGAUGGUGGCGAUGAAGCAUCCUGGGCAAUUUGUGGCGCUCGUACUGGGCUUGGAUGUGGUUUACAACUUUGACAGAGCGGGCUGGCGACAGGAGCCCUGGUAUUGA